GUCCAGACCCAGACCGAGACCGAAUUGCUGGGUAGCUUGGUUUGGUCUAGUGGGGCCGGCGCAUAGCCUCCGUCCCUGGCUCUUGCAUUUCUUUUUGCGACACCCUUUUUGGAGCUUCACCCUUCCCAUCCUCCUCGCAACCGUCCUGCCCAGCCAACGACCUCCUCCCUGCACCUGCUGCACCCUGUCUUUGUCCAUCAGGUCGGGGCCGCUCAAUCCAUCCUCCACAAGUGACUGGCUUGCCAGACCCUUUGUUACUGUGCCCCAGCUGAUGCUGCGACUCGACAAACCCUGGGAGACUCAAACUUGAGCCGAGUCUCGCUCUGUCACUGAGCACACGCACGCUACUCAUCUACCAGCCCCGUUUCUCCUUGGCCCUCGGCCACCGCGACGGAAAACUCUGAGGCAGCCUCCCACCCAGAUCGCCAUCAUCUAUUACGAACCGUCAACUACACGAUUCUGGUCUCGCAAACACUGACCUGUUCCAACCCCCAAGAUGGCGGGUGCGACACCAGACAUCCAGCAGAUCCUGGAGCAGUUGCGUGCUACCCAACAAAGACCUGCGACAACAACCCCAACCCAAGGCCAGCCUGGUCUUCCCGGCCCCGCCUACCCUCCUGCCCAGGGCUAUGCCAUGCCACCAGGUGCCCCUCCCGCGCAGCAGAACAACUACCCACCUCCAGGUGCCUAUGGCUAUCCCCAGCCCUCCUCAAGUGGAACAGUGGACCUCAGCACAAUCAAGCCUGUGACUUCGGGUACUGUGAGCAUCCAAGAUGCCAUAGCAAAGGCAAAGGCCGUCGCUGCCGCCAAUAACCUUGCGCCGUACGAGCGGCCUCCAGUCUAUGCUGGCAACGACGGCCGUCGCCGCUCGCGUUCCAGGUCUCCUCCCCGUCGCGAGGCUUUCCACGACAACUACAACCCCUACAGAGAUGAGCGUCGCGCUGAUCGUGGUGGGCGCGACCACGGACGCGAGCGGUCGUACUCUCCUCAGCGUGGUCGCCAGGGCGCCUUCUCCCCUCGCGGAUCCAAUCCUGCGCGCCAACGCUCUCCCCUCCGCGGAGAGGAUGACAGCUCGUCAGAAACCAUGCAGAUCGAGGCAAGCCUUGUCGGCCUCAUCAUCGGCAGGCAAGGAGAGAACCUGCGCCGAGUCGAGGGAGAGACCAAGUGCCGCGUGCAGUUUCUGGCCCCACAUAGCAAUGACGACAAAUUCAGGCAGUGCAAGAUCACUGGCCCUCGUGCGAGGAGAGCGGAAGCAAAGGCUGCCAUCAAUCGGAUCAUCGAUGAUAGCGGCAUGGGUGCGAUCGCCAGGGCUGGUUUGGAUAGAGGCCAACCCCGUCAGCCCCCGACUGUCGACCCCACUAGUGGCCAGAUCAACCUAAAGGACGGGGAAGAAUGCCUGCAGAUUAUGGUCCCUGACCGCACUGUGGGUCUCAUCAUCGGACGUGGCGGCGAGACUAUUCGUGAUCUUCAGGAGCGAAGCGGCUGCCAUGUGAACAUCGUUGGGGAGUCCAAGAGUGUCAACGGACUUCGCCCAGUCAACCUCAUUGGCCCUUAUGCUGCUGCAGCCCAGGCCAAGGACCUCAUCAUGGAGAUCGUGGACAGCGACAGCCGGAAUGGAAACUCGGGCGGCGGCGGCGGCGGCGGUGGCGGCGGUGGCGGCAACCAACACCAAGGCCGACCCAACCAGCGAGAUAACGGCCACGACAAAACCAAUGAUGCGAUCUUUGUUCCGAACGAGGCCGUUGGAAUGAUUAUUGGCAAGGGUGGCGAGACUAUCCGUGAAAUGCAGAACCAGACUGGUUGCAAGAUCAAUGUCUCACAGCAACCCGCGCCUGGUGAGGCUGAGAGAGAGAUUGAGCUUGUCGGUAGCCGAGACGCAAUCGAGCGGGCCAAGCGGGCCAUCGAGGACAAAGUCGAAGCAGUUAGACAGAAGAGCAACGGCGGUGGCGGCGGAGGCGGAGGAGGACGCGGUCGUGGCCAGCACCGCGACUACGACAAUCCAAACUAUGGGCAGCCAGCUUCUAACAACCAGCAGUCACGGGCACCUGCGGCUCAGGCAGGCGCCGACAGCCAAGCCGACCCCUACGCAGCCUAUGGCGGCUACCAGAACUACCUGGCCCUAUGGUACCAGUCCCUCGCUGCACAGCAAACUGCUGCAGGCCAGGGCGACGCUUCCAAGCCACCCGGCACAUCGUAACCGGCCAUGCGCAAGAGACGCGGCCAACUGCGUGACGUCUUCUGCGGAGAGAUUGACCCGACUGAACCACUGCAUCGCUGUUGACUGACAUGGCGGCUGUCCGUCUAACCGCAUCCUGAUGAAGCUGCCCCAUGCCAGAGAUGCACACCUUUCUUGAGAUUCGCCCAGCUCCAUCUCCAUACCCCGACUUUUCUUCAGCCUUUCAUUGUUUGAGAACAUCGUUCGUUUCCUUGGCAUCACGGUCUCCGCCGAGGAACCUGCCUUACAGAACGGGGCUCCCUCCCUGGGGCCGAUCUGACAUACCCGUGGACUCCUGACAAAGGCCCGUGAGGCAAGUGGUGUCGCACCUAGCGGCUUCGAUUGAUUUGACACUUCUUCAUGAGAUGCCACUUGAUCGUAGUCCUGACAGCGACUUGACUGCCUUUUGGGCCAUGGUUCGCAAACUGCACGGACGAAAACCUAUUGAGCUUGUUGCGCUUAAUGUGCCUGGUCUGACGUCGUCUGGACACUCCAUAAAAGUUCAGCUUCGUCACCAAACUUUGAUACCACCCACGGCCUGGCUGCUCCUCAUCCCGGGGCCCUCUCGAGGGCAGCUGCAGCGACCACCCCAAACGCAAUUUCCUUCUGACUGCAGGCGUUUGUUCAUUCAACAUUUGUCGUUCAUGCUCCGCAACUUGAGACUCAAGUAAGCUUGCUUGCAUCUGACAUUUACGGUUGGUGACGGUAGUGCGUCGUGACACGGCGUCUUGUGGUCCCUGAAGCGCGUCCAUGAAGACCGGCCAUCUGGCUUCUACUUGCUGCACAUGCGUCUCAUCACACGUGGUUACAGUCUUCUGAAAAUUGGUCGUGACCAGUCUCUUUUCAGCACUACUCUCCAUAGCGCCGUCUUCUUCGUGAGUAUAAUGAGGGGAAUACCGGGUCAGGAUAUGCCACCGCUGGCCGACGAAGGGCUGUGGUAGGGCAGAGGAGACGCAGCCGAGGGACACGGCAAAGCAUUGCCAAUGUGUAAAAUAUAAUAUGAUGACAUUCUGAAAUAGCAAGGACUCGAUGCAGUGGUCGUGACUUAUUCUGUUUAUUGUAUCCUUAGCAGAGCCCUGCCGAUUUGCAACUCGUGCUGUGCGUUCACAAGGAGUGUGCACUUGAGCAAAUCGAGGCUCCAUCAUUAAGGCGCCUGCACUUGGGCCCCUAAACACUUCCGCACCCAUACCUAUGGACUCACAUCACAGCUUCGCCCUCGGCGCCCCCGACACCGCCUCCUCCCUCACGAGCUUCUCAACAGCCUCGACCGCCGCCCUGGCGACGACCUCGUCCUGGGCGGGGGUGCCGGUGCUGCAGCCCACAGCACCGAGGAUCUCGCCACCGGGCCCGAUGACGGGGACGCCGCCGCCGAUGACGUUGAACCUGCCCCCGUUGGUGCCGUUGAUGCCGUAGGCCGGGCCGCCCGGCCAGACGGCCUCCUUGUAGGACGAGGUGGGGACCCUGUGGCCGGCGGCCGUGAAGGCCUUGUCGAUGGCGAUGGCGACGGAGGUGAGCUUGGCGCCGUCCAUGCGGGUGAAGGCGAGGAGGUGGGUCCCGGCGUCGACGACGGCGAUGUUCAUGGGCACGCCUAUGCUGGCGGCCUUGGCCUCGGCCGCGGCUGUUGCUGCUUUGGCGGCCGAAAUUGUUAGGGUGCGGGUUGUGGUUGUUGCCGGCAUUGUGUUGGUUUACGGAGAUGAGAUGAGAUGAGAUCAGAUUAGAAUUAGUAGUUGGUUGGGUUAAUUCUCGUGCUUUGUCCCGUGUCUAAACGGUGCGUAUUCAAUUAUGUGGAAAAGGGGGGUCGUCUCCAGACUGCUGGGACAUCAGGUGAGAUGGACGUUAAUGGAGUGACGUCGUCGUUUUAAUAUCAGUCUCAGGGCUUGGAGACCUUCGAAGAUGGUUCGGCAUUCGGGAUCGAUAGGGCAUGCGAUAUCGGGGUAUAUGGAUUACAGCUUGCCGGUUUGUAAAGCAAAGACUUAAGGAGCAGCGAAGACGAAGAGAAAUAAAUAUCGAGUUGUAGCUUUAGGGGACAGAUAGGGAGGGAUCAACUCAGCGUGCUCGCUGUGAGGGACGAGGUAAUACAUUUCGGGACGGGGUGUGGUCUGCAUGUAAGUUGGAUAUCACGUUCCCCAGUCCUAACCCUGAACUCGUCUCUAGUGUCGAACACACCUUCACCCAAGUACCGAUGUCGACAAGGAUGUAGCUGUUAUUUCAGUUCGAGACCGAGUCUUGG